AACUCCCAGCAUACCUCACCCCUCACGUGGGCCCUAGGUGUGGUUUCGUGGGAUAGGGUAAGACGAAAGUGAAAUGGCGAUGACGUACCAAAGAAGAAAAUAAUUGAAUAUGUUGUGUGAGGGCGUCGCUCAUAGAAGCCCCAGUGGCCUAAUGGAUAAGGCAUUGGCCUCCUAAGCCAGGGAUUGUGGGUUCGAGUCCCAUCUGGGGUGAGCUGAGUUUUUACUUUUUUUGGCCUUCAAAACACUUUUUUCCUUUCCAAACAAAGCGAAGUAUGCCAACUUUAUUAUUUAUUUUUUAACGGGAAGGGUGUAUGUGUGUUUUUACUAGCUGGUGGGCUGCAACUUUCCAGAAUCAGCAUACUCCCAUGUCCUUUCUGUGAGCCGCAGGUCCCCUGGGAUUUGGGGAGAAGUCUGUCAAUACGUUGAAUUUUGAUAUCCCUUUUAGAAAUCAUUUAAAAAUAUCUUCUCAGCGUGUUCCGUAUCAAAUCCACACCCACUCCCCCAAGCCGGGCCCACUUCUCCUGAGACUCGGCAGUUGGUGUGCUAAGGGGCAUCUUCAAUGACGCAGUGAAGAAAGGCCCCCAUUUCUCCAAUCCCUUUUUCGGGGUUGGAGGACCUGGUACCGCCAGUUAACACUCGGCUUUCGUUUGCUUUUCUUGCUAGGGCGCAAUUCGGCCUUCGAUUAAUGUACAAUGGACAAAUGAGCCGUUCCACUGCUCGUUAGUCGAUAGGGGGAGCCGGUAGUCGGUCCGACCGUACCAUUAGGGGCCCAGGCGGGAGGUCGUAGGACGCCGUCGGUCACCAGGCUCGGAGAAGGACAGGGAAAUGGCGGCCUUAGGGUCUCCGGCGCGCACAUUGCGGGGACUUCUGCGGGAGCUGCGCUACCUGAGCGCGGCCACCGGCCGACCCUAUCGCGACACCGCGGCCUAUCGGUACCUCGUGAAGGCUUUCCGUGCACAUCGGGUCACCAGUGAAAAGUUGUGCAGAGCCCAACAUGAGCUUCAUUUCCAAGCUGCCACCUAUCUCUGCCUCCUGCGUAGCAUCCGGGAACAUGUGGCCCUACAUCAGGAAUUUCAUGGCAAGGGUGAGCGCUCAGUGGAGGAGUCUGCUGGCUUGGUGGGCCUCCAAUUGCCGCAUCAGCCUGGAGGGAAGGGCUGGGAGCCAUGAACAUGGAGAGUAUCCUCGGAUGCUGCAUUCAUAAGAAAAUUUAAUAAUUUCUAUCACUAUGUCUUUAUCAUUAAACUUUUUUUAAGUUUAA